AUGGUCUUCGUGCCCCUCAACCAUACCCGUCGUAAACCCCUGCAUCUAGCUGCGAAAUACCCCCAGCCCUACACUCACUCCUGGCGUGGAGACCCUUCUCCUUCGCCUUCACCCUCCGAUUCGGGGCGAGGUCCCUCGUUCUCGUCUGUGAGCCUCCUUGUUGGAGUGCUCAAGUUCGCGGCUGGAACUACGACCCAGAUCGUGUCGUAUGCGGUGGUGAAAGCUUGCUUGCCGAGACUCCCGCCGCAUAACUAUUCCAACAACGUAACUUCGAGCGCUCUUGUUGAAAGGUCAGAUCGUGGAGGUGAAACAGAAGCAGAAUGCAGAACGGCCAGUGGAGGGAGAUAUAAAGGUGUAGAAGGCCGAGAUUCGCCGCUGGACAAGGAGGACUACGUAAACGUCAAGCUCGUCUUCGAUUCGGUGGACGAUAAGGAGGUGAUUCUGUUGGAGGACGUGCCUGCCAUGCUGGAAGUUCCAAAAGCCAUCGUCACCGAACCUGAACCUGAACCCGAGCCUACCACCCAGCAGCUCCUCCGCGUGCACCUGGAGCAAUUCUGUGUGACUCCCAGCAAGGCCUUCGUUGUUGGCGAUGCGGAUUUUUCAAUCUACACACCUGUAUCGUCCCCCAGCAAGAAGGCUAUGUACAUUAGCCCUAUGCGUUCGCCCAUUCUGACUAUGCGAGACGUCAAUUUCACGGUCCUCAAGGCCGCCAGCGAUCAUGUCGCAGAGAUUCUUCGAGAGAACCGGAGGAAACUCGAUGCUGGAGAGGAUUCGAAUGCUGCUCGCAGAGAAGCGCGUCGAAAACGUGCGCAGGAAUUGGCUGCUCGAAAAAGUCGGAUGGAUCUUUAA